AUGGCCUCAUUAGACUUCAUCCCACAAUACAAACCAGAAGAAAUCUAUUCUUUAGCUGGUAAAUCAAUCAAAUUCGAUACCAAGGCAGAUAUCGAACCAUAUUUAACAAAUUUAAAUUCUUUAACAGGUAUUAAAAAAUUAGAUUUUUCAGGUAAUACAAUUGGUAUUGAAGCUUCCCUUGAAUUAUCAAAAUCAAUAACCUUACACGCAAAGACAUUAGAAGAAGUUAAUUUUGCAGAUUUCUUUACUGGUAGAUUAAAAGAUGAAAUUCCUCAAUGUUUAGAAUAUUUAUUACCAUCAAUUUCUCAAUGUCCUCAAUUACAUAUUGUUAAUUUAAGUGAUAAUGCAUUUGGUUUAACAACAAUUGAACAAUUAGAAAAAUUUUUAAGUGAAGCUAUUUAUUUAAAUCAUUUAAUCUUAUCAAAUAAUGGGAUGGGUCCAUUUGCUGGUGAACGUAUAGGUAAAUCAUUAUAUAAAUUAAGUUUAUCCAAAUCAACUCAAGGUCAAUCAUCAUUGAAAACAUUUAUUUGUGGUAGAAAUAGAUUAGAAAAUGGUUCAAUUAAUUAUUUAUCCAUAGGUUUGAAAAAUCAUAAAGAUUUACAAGUUGUUAAAUUAUAUCAAAAUGGUAUUAGACCAUCAGGUAUUAAGAAAUUAAUCUCCCAGGGAUUAAAAUUUAAUACUCAAUUAACUAUAUUAGAUUUACAAGAUAAUACUAUAACAAAAAAAUCUGGUUCAGUAUUAGCUGAUAAUUUACCACAAUGGCCUGAAUUAAAAGAAUUAAAUGUUAAUGAUUGUUUAUUAAAUCCAAAAGGUUCAUUAGAUUUAAUUAAAUCUUUGGAAAAGACUAAAUUUAAUAAAUUAGAAUCAUUAAAAUUACAAUAUAAUGAAUUAGAUAAUGAUUCAUUAAAGAUCUUAUCAAGUAUUAUCUCAGAAAAUUUACCUGUUUUAACAAAAUUAGAAUUAAAUGGUAAUAGAUUUGAAGAAGAUUCAGAAUUAAUUGAAAAAAUUCAAUCAAUUUUUGAAGAAAGAGGAUUUGGUGAAUUAGAUGAAUUAGAUGAUUUAGAAGAAUUAGAUAGUGAAGAUGAAGAUGAAGAUGAAAGUGAUGAAGAAGAUGAUGAAGAAGAAGAAGAAGAAAUUGAUUUGAAUGAAUUAGAAUUAAAAUUAAAAGAAUCAACUACAAAAGAAGAUAAAAAAGUUGAAGAUAUUGCAUCUGAAUUAGAAAAAACACAUAUAUAG